AUGAAAGAUUAUGAUGAACUUCUCAAAUAUUAUGAAUUAUAUGAAACUAUUGGGACAGGUGGCUUCGCAAAGGUCAAACUUGCCUGUCAUAUCCUCACUGGAGAAAUGGUAGCAAUAAAAAUCAUGGAUAAAAAUGCUCUAGGGAGUGAUUUGCCCCGGAUCAAAACAGAGAUUGAUGCCUUAAAGAACCUGAGACAUCAACAUAUAUGUCAACUCUACCAUGUGCUUGAGACAACCAACAAAAUAUUCCUGGUUCUGGAGGAAAAUUUGUUGUUUGAUGAAUAUCAUAAAGUAAAACUGAUUGACUUUGGUCUCUGCGGGAAACCCAAGAGUAACAAGGAUUACCAUCUACAGACAUGCUGUGGAAGUCUGGCUUAUGCAGCACCUGAAUUAAUACAAGGCAAAUCAUAUCUUGGAUCAGAGGCAGAUGUUUGGAGCAUGGGCAUACUGCUAUAUGUACUGAUGUGUGGCUUUCUACCAUUUGAUGAUGAUAAUGUCAUGAAUUUGUACAAGAAGAUUAUGAGAGGGAAAUAUGAGGUUCCUAAGUGGCUCUCUCCCAGUAGCAUUCUGCUUCUUCAACAAAUGCUACAGGUGGACCCAAAGAAACGAAUUUCUAUGAAAAAUCUAUUGAGCCAUCCCUGGAUCAUGCAAGAUUACAGUUGUCCUGUAGAGUGGCAAAGCAAGAAUCCUCUUAUUCACCUUGAUGAAGACUGUGUAAUAGAACUUUCCGUGCAUCACAGAAACACCAGACAAGCAAUGGAGGACUUAAUUUCUUUGUGGCAAUAUGAUCACCUCACAGCUACCUACCUUCUGCUUCUAACCAAGAAGGCUCGGGGAAAACCAGUUCGCUUAAGGCUUCCUUCUCUUUCCUGUGGACAGACAUUCACAGACAUUAAGUCAAAAAAUCUGAGUCUAGAAGAUAUGACCACAAAUGACGAAAAUGAUGCGAAUGGGCUAGUAGACUAUGAAUGGUGUGAAGAAGGUUCAUCAACAGGUGUGGCUACUCCCCAAACACCACAGUUUGCCAAGCAUUGGACAGAAUCAAAUAGUCUGGAAUCUAACUCAUUAACUCCAGUAUUAUGCAAAGCAUCUGCCAAUAAAUUAAAGAACAAAGAGAAUGUAUAUACUCCUAAGUCUGCUGUAAAGAAUGAAGAGUGCUUUGUAUUUCCUGAGCCAAAGACCCCAGUUACUAGGAAUCCACAUAAAAGAGAAGUACUCACUACACCGAAUCAUUACAUUACACCUUCAAAAGACUUUCACAGGAGACUACAAGAAAACCCCGCAAGGGCCCCAACAACCAGGAUGCCCAGCUUUACUCGGGUGUUUUUCUUUUUAAGGUGCCGUUCAGUAGAACUGGAUCUCAAUCAAGUACAUGUAGAGGAUACACCGAAAAGAAAAGGAACUAAAGUGUUUGGGAGCCUGGAAAGGGGGUUGGAUAAGGUUAUCACUGUGCUUACCAGGAGCAAAAAGAAGGGCACUGCCAAAGACGGGAUAAAGAAAAGGAAGCUUCACUAUAAUGUGACUACAACCAGAUUAGUGAAUCCAGAUCAACUCCUGAAUGAAAUCAUGUCUGUUCUUCCAAAGAAGCACGUUGACUUUGUACAAAAGGGCUAUACACUGAAGUGUCAAACACAGUCAGAUUUUGGCAAAGUGACAAUGCAGUUUGAACUAGAAGUGUGCCAGCUUCAAAAACCCGAUGUGGUGGGCAUCAGGAGGCAGCGGCUUAAGGGUGAUGCUUGGGUUUACAAGAGAUUAGUGGAAGACAUCCUGGCCAGCUGCCAGGUGUGACUGAUGGGCGAUUUCCAUGCUGCUUGGGGAGUGUGGUGUGACCCAGCCUAUAUGGAGGCCAGAGUGACAGUUUGAUUUUUAAAGUCCAUUGGAAUGACAAAUUCUUUUCUAUGAGCUAUCGUCAAGACCAAUAUCUUGUUUUUAAACAAAAGAUAUUGUUUUGUGGAUCAGUGUAAGGCAAGCCCAUCUGUCAUUCUCUGUUUCUGUCUUUUUUAAUCACAUGGCGUUGUAUAUUAAUAACUGUUGA